AUGUUGCCUUCCCAAGAAGCGGUUCAGUUCCAUUAUCCGGUUCUUGAAACCGAGUUCACACCAGACGAAAUCCAAGAACUCUUGUCUCUCUUUGAAUUACCAGAAACCCCAAAUUCCGGUUCGGAAGUGUCCAACCCGUCGAUUUCCUCGGCCGAUGAGAAGAAGCGUAAGCGCAAGAUUUCGAACCGGGAGUCGGCCCAACGGUCACGAUUGCGCAAGAAGAGACAUGUGGAGGACUUGACGAAGCAGGUGAACCAGUUGAAAAUAGUGAAUCAAGAUCUCAAAAACCGGUUGGGCUCAACUCUGGACCAGUGUAACUUAUUAUGGAGAUAUAAUGACCAGUUAAGAUCCGAAUCCGUAGCUCUCCUGGCCAGACUCUUGGAUCUUUACCAAUUUCUAGGCUCCAUGCAAUCAUGUUAA